UUUUUUUUCUCUGUAAUUUUUUUUACUUUCAAAAAAAUGAGGAUUUCUACUGAAAAAGUAUUUCUUGUACUCCUAGGAUUCCUGCACUUUAAACGGGCAGAUGGGAUGGUUCCCAAUUUACAUCAAAAAUGGAUUAUUCUCAAAAUGAAUGAUGAAUGUACUUUUUUGAGCCGUAUCCACCAGACAUGGCUCGUACCCCCAUUUUUACAACAAACCCCUCCACAACAUGAAGAUUUUGUAAAUCAUAUACGACUUCCGGAACGCCAUUAUUAUGAAGGUGCUUUUCGGCAGCUACUUCCCAAUUCAAGACAUAAUGAUACUACUCAUACUCCGAAGAGCGUUCAGAAGACAACAAUAGAGGAAGGCGAAUGUUAUAUAUCUGGCCCUUUCGUAGUAUUCCAACGACCACAACGAGCAACCUAUGUACCGGAGGAAGGCUACAUAUAUAUAGCAAUUUCAUAUCACCGGUUGUAUAGAGCGCCCUUAUAUCGUCAAAACUACAAAGACGAUGACGACAGAUUGGCCAAUGUAGUUUCCGGAAGAACACACCCGAAGCGCAGAAGGAUACAUGAUCCUGAUGAAUCUCAUGAUGCUUUUAUGACAAUGAGAAUGAAAAUGAGAAUGUCUCAUCACAGUGGCUCUAGUUCAUAUGGAAAGGACGAUUGCUUAUAAAUCCUAAUCUUAAUCUUAAUCUACCAACUACGUAUUUUCAAUCCUUUGAAUGAAUAAACUCAUAAUUCGACAAUAUUACACUAUUUUUUCAGCACCCGAUUAUUAACUAUGUAUUUAAUACAAAAUCUCCUAUACCUUUUUGAACUUGUUGGAAUAUGAGAAAAAAUGAUCUAGUAAUAUAAGAACCUAUUCAGAAUAAAAUGUUAUGAUUAUAUGUACGUGUCUAGAAACGAGAAUGCGUGAGGUCUUCAACAGAGUG